UCUCAUUUGACUGAUCGUUUCCUUCUCCUCCACUCCUCUUUCUCCCCCAAUUCUCCCUCUCCUAGGUUUUUCGCAAUCUCAGAAACACACAGAAACAUUUUCCCCUCUUUUUCCGGAUUAAUCGUUGGAAAUAUGAUGGUGAAAUCGGAUACCUCCGGCGACCAGGACGUUUUCCCGCCGGGAUUCCGAUUCCACCCGACUGACGAGGAGCUCGUGCUUUACUAUCUGAAGCGGAAGAUCUGCUGCAAGCGCCACCUUCUCGACGUGAUCGCUGAGACCGAUGUUUACAAGUGGGAUCCCGAGGAAUUGCCUGGGCUUUCGAAACUUAAAACUGGUGAUCGACAAUGGUUCUUCUUCAGUCCAAGAGAUAGGAAAUACCCUAAUGGAGCUAGGUCCAAUAGGGGGACAAAGCAUGGGUAUUGGAAAGCAACUGGGAAGGACCGUGUCAUUUCAUGUGGUGCUCGCCCUGUUGGUUUAAAGAAGACUCUGGUCUUCCAUAAAGGUCGUGCACCUAAAGGAGAGCGCACGGACUGGGUGAUGCAUGAAUACACCAUGGAUGAGGAAGAGCUGAAAAGAUGCCAGGCUGCUAAGGAGUACUAUGUGUUGUACAAGGUAUACAAGAAAAGUGGGCCUGGUCCCAAAAACGGGGAGCAAUAUGGCGCACCGUUUAGGGAGGAGGACUGGGCUGAUGAUGAAGUUCGAGAACCAUCUCCAAUUGUGAAGGGAAUCCUACAAAAGCCUGUUAUUGAAAUCACACCUAUCAAUAGUAAUAACUUAGUUGAUUUUCAAGACCUUGCCUCGUUUGAUUAUCUUGAGGAACUGAACCAAAUUUUUAAUGAUUCCCUGCCUGAUCAGCCACCAGUCCUUGCUCUCGAGUAUAACCAGGAUCAGUUUGCAGUUGAGGAAACUCACAGUUCGUUGGUUGACAAUUCCCCUAGGGAGGUUUCUUUGUCAGCUCCCCAACCAUUUUUUCAGCAACCUAUUGUAGAAAAUAGUUUUGACUUCACACAGUCGGGCGCAUUUCAAUUCCAGAUCUCUGAGGCACCUGAGGUCUCUUCUGCUCCAGUUCCGAAUGUGCCAAAUUCUCGUGUCAUUGAUGAGUCCUUCCUCGAAGAUUUUCUUGAAUUGGAUGAUUUGGGCCCAGAUCCAACUGCAGAAAACCCUGGUGAACUGGUUAAUGGUACGGAUAAAUUUUCAAUUGAUGAUUUGGAUUGUCUGCAUGAGCUCGAGCUGUUUCAAGAUGCACCCCUGUUCCUUUGUGAUGUGGGGCACAUUGAGUCCAGACAGACAUCUCAGCCAUACAUGAACAACUUUACAAAUGGAGUUAUUGAUCCAAUCUCAAGCUCUUGUAUGAACAAUCUUGAGAACACUACUAGCUACAUGCUGCAGCAACAGUUCAACAAUUUCGAUGGGAUCAGCUAUCAGAUGAGUGCUGAUGGCCAAAGUUGCAGUGUUGUAACGGAGGCACACACGAAUCAGGGAUUCGUUCCUCCAUCGACUUCAGGUGUUUUACAUCAAAACCCAAAUUAUGGUUUUGUAAAUCAAAACGAAAGCGGCAAACAAGAUGAUGGCGGUACAGACUCAUGGUUCUCCUCUGCUCUCUGGUCCUUUGUGGAGUCUAUACCAACAACCCCCGCUUCAGCUUCUGAAAGUGCUUUGGUGAACAAGGCUUUCGAGCGAAUGUCUAGCUUUGGCAGAGUGAGAAUGAAUGCCGGGAACUUAAAUGUUUAUGCAGGUAAUGCCAUGGCAACUUCAAGAAGCUCUGGCAAAUCAAGACCUGGUCUUGUGUUUCUGUCUUUGUUAGGAGUUAUGUGUGCUGUGUUAUGGAUGAUGAUUGGAACAUGACUGAUUGAUGCAUAACAUUAUCAUGUGGAUUUAAUGUAUGUAUAGGGAGAUUUUGGUCCGGUGCCUUGCCGGAUCAUCAUUCGAAAUAUGAAGGCAGUUUUGAAAUA